GACUCGCAUUGACAGAAUUUUAGAAAUCCGCUCCGCUGGCACUGAGUCUGAGAUUUAAACAAGCAAGCUUUUUAUCUUUUGAAGGAUAUCGAGUGAAUGGAUUCACUUGAAAAAUAGAAAUGGACCCUGUUUCACAGAUAGGAAAAAAACGGAAAUGUGGUAGUGGUGGGAUGAGAUGCAUGGCAUACGGAUGCAGUAAUACAACAUGUAAUGAGGUGUUCAUUCAUACCAUGCCUGGAAAGAUGCCAAAGACGCAUGAAAAGUUCACACCCAUUCAAAAAUCAUGGAUCAAAUUUAUCAGGAGGAAGAGAGAAUUUCCCUACAAGUUGGCCAGAUUGUACAGGCGAAUUCAUCUGUGUAGUGGACACUUUACUGAAAAGGAUUACAAAACGACAGAAGUUCUGAUGUACAAGGAAGGAUUUAGAGAUUCUGCACCAUCUUUGAAAGUUAAUGCCAAGCCCUCGGUGGAAAUCGCCUGUCAUCCGUUCCCUAAGAAGCAUUCGUCCAGACACAGAGGAUCGCAUCCUGCCCAUCAUGGAGUGGAAGAUAAUAGAGAAUCAUCAACAGCACCAACACCCGAUCCUCAAUCUAGGAGAAGAGUGAAAAGGCCAACGCUGGAUACUGAUAAUAUCAAAGAAGAGCCAGUCCCUGUGAAAGUGAGGCACAGGCAAAGUGAUACAAAGAAAUUGAAGAAUCGCGAAAAAAAGGUUAACCGCCCAUUAAAGAACCAGAAGUCAGAAGAACAAAGAGUAGAGGGAAAGGAAAACCUGACAAAGGAAGUCAGCAAAGAAAGAGAGAAGAUAGGUGAUAAGGUUAACCGCCCAUUAAAGAACCAGAAGUCAGAAGAACAAAGAGUAGAGGGAAAGGAAAACCUGACAAAGGAAGUCAGCAAAGAAAGAGAGAAGAUAGGUGAUAAGAUGACAAAAAAGAAACAAAAAACUUCAACUUGCAGACAAACAAUCCUAAAAACGAAACGUAAUGGGUAUUUCUACAAGACUGCCAUGGAAACGACACAAGAGAACUUUACCCACAAUGAGUGUGGUUCUGCUGUCAAACCCUCGGGCUCCAAUUCCAACUCGAAGCAACUCAACACUCCUGAUACCUCACACGAAUCUCUCACCCAUGAUGUCAGGAAGGAAUGCACAUUACCCAUUCAACCAGGACAAUCCACAUCAAAUCGGAUCACAGAGAAAAAGGUGGAGGGAGGAGAAAGGAAGAAAAGGCGGGACAAAACAGGAACCCGGUGUGUAGUGAUGUUCUGCAGUUCAACAAUUUAUGAUGGAGUCUCACUUCAUGCGAUGCCUGGCCCCAUGCCAAGCUGGCGAUGGAUGCCAUUUACACCUCUGCAAAUGCAGUGGAUUGAUUUCAUCCAAAGUACAAGGAUUUUCUACCCCUAUGAAUACAAGAGAAUACAUGUGUGUGCCUUGCACUUUAGCGAAGAGGACUUUGAUCCAACUGGUUUAAGAAUGUACAAGAUGGGGUACCGGAAUAAUAGACCCUGUCUUCGUCCGAAUGCUGUGCCUCAUAUAUUUGAUCCAGCUGCAACAAAUAGAACGAUGCCAUAUGCCCGAGAAGUGGUAUCAACAUCACCAGAGCUGAGGUUGCUUACAAGCACAGUGACAAUGUCAGCAUCCACAUCAUCAGCAACAUGUACAACUAGACCUUCUGCAGUGACAUCCCAACUAGCACAAUCUACAAAGUCUACAACUUCCAGAACUGGUAUCAGGAGAUCUAUGAGAUUGAAGGCAUUAACCAGUAAAAGAUUGAAGGCAUUGACCAGUAAAAGAAGGUCUCCAAAGUCAAAGUUAAAGACUCGACCAUCAGCAGCAUCUACCAGUGGCAGGUCUGUAAAGUCAUUGUCAAGGGCAUCACCAUCAGCGUCAUCUUCCAGUGCUAGCAGGAAGCCUACAAAGUCGAGGUCAAAAUCAUCAUCAGUACCAUCUUGUACAGGAGCUAUGGGUUCACCCUUAGCAUCAUCUAACAGUACUACAAUGACAUCAACAACUGCCCGAUCAGAGCUCCAGCAAGAUACUAAACCAGAUGUUUGUUGUAAUACGUCUGUAGCUGUGGUAAGCUCAGUGGCAAAGGAAUUAACAUCAGUACCGUCGUCCUCAAGUGCAAUUAGACCUUCUACGACAGCACCGCUUCCAGCGGCAGAGCAACAUGCCAUUUUAACAAAUGGUGCAAGAAUAAAGCUCACGCCAGCACCACAUACCAGUACCAGCGCACCGCCAAUGUCAGGGGCAUCUACACCUGCAUUUGUAAUGGUAUCAACUUCUACUGAAGGUAUGAUUUCUGUGGCACCGCUAAUGGCAGCUACUACUAGUACUGCAAAGACAUCAACAAUCCCCAAAUCGGUGCAACGACAACUGGCUACAUACGCCAUGGUCAUUGAUGUAGCUUCAUCCAAUGUUUUUCACAAUACUCCACCUGCUGCAUUUGUCGAAGUUCCUCUGACUGUUGACCCAGGUGCAGGGAAAUGGAAGGUGAGAGUAGGGAAAUCUCCGUAUCAGAAAUCGCGAAAGGUCCCAGUUGGGAGAGCCAAAGAAUUCCUGGACCAAUCUAAAGGAGUCCAGUGUUCUGUAAAGGAUAAGGAGCAGUCAGAGAAAAUGAAUGAUGUUGCAAUGGAUGAAGGAGCUGAGGAUGAAGAAUCCUGGACCGUCAUGACUGUAUCAUCUGACACAAAGGACAAUUAUGAUGAUGGUGGUGAUGAUGAUGAUAGAUCUUCGUUAUACCUCUCCUCCUCUUCCUCUUCCUCCUCCUCCUAUUCUUCCUCUUCAUCCAAUUCAUCCUCCCCAUCUGUAUCCUGUUCGCAGUCACCACAGCGACAGACCGUCUCUCCAUCGUCAUCAUCAUCUUUUGGCUUUGAAGUAUUACCAGAGCGACGGGCUAAGGUCACCACUCUGGUUAAUAUGAUGGACAGAAUGACCAAGGUAAAAGGUCACAAGGAGAAGACUGGGAAUGAUGAUGAUGAUCACGACAGUGAUGAGGAUAGUGAUGUUGAAGAUGAAGACGAUGUCGCUGAUGAUAACAAUGAUGAUGAAAGUCCUCCUGCCUUCUGUCUGUGCAAGAGUACCGACUAUUCUCAGUUCAUCAUCUCGUGUGACUACUGUGCCAAGAUGUAUCAUGGUAAAUGUGUAGGUGUUGAGGAAAUGGCCGCCAAGUUUAUUCUCAAGUAUGCCUGUCCACCAUGCAGAGAUGAAAAUCCAGAUCUUACAGUUGUCUUUAAAGACAGUGUUGCCGACUCCGAAGCAUCAGCCCCGGUUGAGCAUGAAGAUAGAACCGAGGAAAAUGUGGCGCAGCAUUCCAAGACAACUUCAACUGUUGUAGAACUGGAUCCAGUCGGUAUAAAAAAGUUUUCCAAGGACUAUGAAAAGCGAAAUCCUCCGAAUAAGAAGCGGAGGACAAUGUUCUGUGGUCAAUGCAUCGCUUGUCUGAGAAAUUCAGAUUGUGGUCAAUGCGUCAACUGUCUGGACAAGCCAAAGUUUGGAGGAGAGGGUAAAAAGAGACAAAAAUGCUUAAAAAGAAAGUGUUUGGUUUUUCCCACACACCUUGAACGGGAGAAAGGGAUAAAAGUAGAACAUAAACUCAAUAGACUCGUUGCAGUAACCAUGAACGAAAGAGGUGAAGUGAACUGGGAAGCCAUUGUGUCGGACAAGAAAGUGAGAUCAUCAGUUAGACAGGAAGCAGCCUUGAUAAAGGAGAGGGGUGAUCCACCCAUGGCAAAGAAAAAAAAAUCUGGUAAACGCUGCAUGGUGUACAACUGUGGAAACGAUGCUUAUCAUGGGUUUAUAACACACAAGAUGCCUGGAAAGAUGCCAAAGAGCGAAGAGGAUUUCACCGAAAUUCAGAAAGACUGGAUCGCCUUCAUCGGACGGAGGCGUAAAUUCAACACGCACGUCGCCCUAAAAUAUGCGAAGAUCAUCGUGUGUUCAGAACAUUUUUUGAACGUGGACUAUGUAGAGGAGGAUGUCAAGCUGUUUGAGCUUGGACUGCGUACGACCCCUCCAUCGCUCAAGGCAGAUGCUGUUCCCUCUCUCGACAAAGCCAAACACCCUUUCAAUCCGUAUGGUAGUGCUCAGCCGUCAUUCAAACGAAAGUCCAAGAAUUUCACUCGACUGGCGUCGGGUUGCAAAAUGUGGAAGAGCGGCAAGCGGAAGAUAAUCCCUUACCAAACCAUAAGGUAUGAUAAAUCCAAGAUUCCGGACGAUCGCUUGAGGAAAAAGAUAUCCCAUGAACUCAAGUAUCACCAUGACUACGCAGCCCGACCAACGUAUGCUGGUACAACAUUUAUAGACCUUUCCGAAGAGGAUGAACAUGCAGAAAUGGAAGCAGCAUGCAAGGAUUUCCUCAAGGAGAGAACGGAAUUAGCAGACGAGGAUGUCGCAGAAGGAACAAGGACAGGAAGGGAUGUGGAAAACAAUGAUGAUGUGGAAACCGAGUCAGCCACGGAGGAACUGCAAGAGGAGGGCAACUCAGCAAUGCAGAUAACCCCAGGUUUAAUGGAAUAUUUUGAUAAACGUAGUGAAAAACGAUCAAAGAAAACCCAGGCAUUGGAGCAAGAACACCUUCCUCAGGAGGCAAAGAAUGAAGAUAAACAUUCAAGUCCUACCGAUUCCAGUUCUGAUGAAUCAUUGGAUAUCCUCUGUGUGACACUAAGUCCGAAAGAAGAGGAACCACUGAGAGAGAGAGAGGGACCAAGGAUAAGGCAACGCAGAAGGCGUCCUUGCGGACAUUGUGAACCAUGCCAAAUAAAGGGAGACUGUAGACAAUGUAAUUUUUGCAAAGAUAUGAAGAAAUAUGGAGGAAAAGGCAUAAUGAAACAAAAGUGCGCUCUCCGGUGGUGUUUGAAUUACAGAGUCAAACGCCCUAGAUAUCAAAUGAGCCCUGAAUUUCGAUACUCGAAACCAAGACAUCCUGUCGUUAAGCAGCAAGGUACGCAGGAAGGCUGUGGGAAAUGCGUUGCCUGCAGAACAAGUAUCAAUUGCAGGAACUGUAAAAAUUGUUGGCUUAGGGAAGCUCGUCUUCAUGGUAAAGAUAAGAAGAAAGAAUUCAAGCACCAAUGUAUCUUCAGAAAGUGUCUGUUAAAGAAAUAUGACCCAAAGAAGUCGCAGGAAGCUCCACUUUCAAGUCCUGUGGACCCUCCGCUUUCAAAACCUUUGAAGAGAGGGCCCUUGUUCUUUGCCUGUGGAGCAUGUGUGUCAUGUAGUAGACUUGAAGAUUGUGGAAAAUGUUAUGCCUGCAAGUUAAAUCGUAAAAAUGAAGGCACGCCAUCAAUGUGUUAUGCAAAGAGAUGCCUGAACAAGCGCUUGAAGAUGCUGUCACUUUACAAGCAGGAAAAGGCACAAGAAACUGAAGAUUUAGCAAACCCUGAUACAAAUGGCAAAGACAUCGGGGAUGAAGGAACACUUGCAUCAUCAACAAGCCGCAUCUUGGAAGCCUUCCCCGAUCAGAUAAAGAAGUGGAAACGAGACCCCGAGUUUUCAGAAGAGAAAGGCAUCGAUUGGGAGAAGUUGGAAAGCAGUCUGGAGGAGAUCAAGAAUAACCUUGCCUCUAUAGAUGAAAAGAUGACGAAACUAAAAGAGAUCACGAGCAAGCCCAGGUCGUUCGUCAUCAUGAAUAUAUAUGAAAAGCCCAUAAAGCCGACAUCAAAAUGCUUGUCUAGAGGCCCUCAGAUAUUGGGAGAGUCCCAACUGGCUGACUAUCUUGAUGAGAAGCAAAGCAGAUCAGAACUCAAAGUCAGGAUGGUAUAUCAUGGCGGCGCUCAAGACUCAAAGGUUGCGUUGAGAGACUUUUGUGGGUGUCCACUGGAGCUGGACAUCUUGACGGACACGGACAAGUUCUGUACCCUCUACAAGACGAAUUGUCAGGAGCACUAUAACUGGGAGAAACUUAAACAAGCAGAACUUGAUCUGGAGAGAGUAAAGUGGUUGGUCAAACUGGAUGGAUUACUCGAUGUGGGGAAGAGCUCAUAAGCCUUUGCAUCAGAAGACCAUUCCACAACAGACACAAACUAUUUUUUCAUCCAACCAUCCAAGCUCUUGAAGAACUUAUUCCAGUAAAAUUCAGUUUCGAAAGAUCAGCAAUGAUUUGAAAUUGAACAAUGAACUUGUGCCGGCAGAGCAACAAGAUGACCAUUUUGCUUGAGCCGUAUAUCAUGGAUAAAAAAUAUGUGGACAAACAUUCUUUGAACUUCAGGAAACUGAAGUCAUCUUGCCAUCCAAGAGGAUAAUUCUUUAUUUCAACCAUCAGAUGUUGGAUAUUUACUGCCAUGAAUUUACUUAAAUAUAUCUCACAUUAUCCAUGUAACUCACUGAUUAGUCAUUUCUAUUGUCUGCUUCUUCUCGUUAUGUUCGUCACUUGGCAGAAAUAAUUAUAAUAAAAUAGUAAUAAUAAUAUGCAACAUUUCUAGCCAUUGAUAAAAUGUCUCCAAGUGCUGCAUACUAUUACCUAAGCCUCAGCAGGGCUCCUCUGAUCAAGUGCUCCAGCUUUCAAGGAAUUUCUUCCUACCGGGUACCCAUUUACUACAGCUGGAUGGAGAGUGGCAAUUGCAGAUGAAUGCCUUGCCAAAGCACACAAGUGCUGUGGUGGGUUUUGAACCCUGGACCUUGUGGUUCAUAGUCUGGAGACAUAUCCACUGAGCCACAACACCUCUAGGACUAUAGAUAAAGAUGAUAAGGAUACGUCAUACAUUUGUGCGUUUGCCAGCUUUCUUACAUCCCAUGUGUGUUUUGAUAAAUCCCUCCAAAAAUGCAUGUGGGCAAUUCCAGCAAAAGUGGACAUUUUUCAAAAAUUUAUAUUGGCUUUAUUUCAAAUCUGGACUAAAUUUUUCGAUCAAAACUCAUAUGAAAUGUCAUUAAUACAAAAGGAGAACAUGAUUACCCACAAUUUUUUUUUCUUACGUAUCUCCUUAUAGGAGAAUCCAAACCAUACAAGAAAUUCUAUACAUGGGACUACAUAUAUUGUUUUUUACUUAAUUUCAAUUUGAUAGAAAACUAUUGCUUGUUUUUUAAUAUUUUCUUUUGGAUAUUCUGAAGGUCAUCAUUUUACAUCAUAUCAAACAAAAAUUUUAAAAUAUAAGUUCAUUUCACAUUGCCUGUGUGUGAAUAUUUCUGAUGUCACUCUGUAACUGCACUCCGUAACCGGGUAUGGGUUUACGUUUUUUAAGUCGUAAUUAGUGAAAUAAUACACCAAUUUUUUAAUGUAGUGCAGCAUAUUAAAGCUAGAACAACAUAGAAUCCAAUCAAUAACUCGACAUUGUGAUAGCAAUUUAAAGUUCACAGAGUUUGAGCAAUAUGUUUUCUCCUCAAAUAAGCAUGUCCAUUUUGCAUCACUCCGUAACCAUGUUUAUGAAUAUUCAUAUCUCAUUAAUUCAGUGGAUCAUAAUAACAAAUGUCAUUAUUCUAAAAAGUGGUUUUCAGCAACUACUAGCAGGUACCAUUUCUUUGCAAAUAACUAUUCAAACAUGGGUGAUAUCUUUGUCUGAAUGCAAAAAAUAGGUUCUGAAUGUCACUCCGUUACCAUGGAACUGCCCAUGUCACUAUUCCAUUUCAUUACUAGAUUGUAUUAAUGCAUGUGCCCCAAAGCAGUUGUGGUAUGAAGGAUGAAAAUUUAAAAUGUGUUUUACUGACUUCACAUCAAAAUUUAAUUUGAUCUGGUGCCCAAUCAAAAUAAAAUCUCUGCAUUUUUUGUUUGUUUGUUUGUUUAUAAACACCUUCUAAGGCAUGGAAUUGGCUGAAAAUUUCAGGAUAUAAUAUUCGUCAGAAGCUUUUCUGAAUAUGUAAAGUAAUUGCAAACACAGUUAUUUUUAAUGAAAAUUUAAACAUUACUGAGAGAGGGAGCUAGAUUUAAAUUUAAAUUGUAACGGCUGGAAAAGUUACAUAUUUAAAUUCUGUUAGGUAAAAUAUGCCUUCAGUGUGUACUACGCUUUUGUAAUAUUGUAAUAUUCAAUAAUGCUCAAGUAUAAUUCACAUUUCAGACCAUUUAUUGAAGCUUUAGACAGGCUUCAAAAGAUAAAUAAUAUUUUUGUAUUGAUUUUAAAAUUUUACGGUUAUAUUUGAGGAAAAAAGCCUACUUGCACAUUCAAAGCUAGUAUUGCAUUCUCAAUCAUGUGCAUUAAUCAAAAGUCAUUAUUUUCAUUUGAAAGUUGAAACUUGUGAGACCACAAAAUCAUAAUCGGGUGAGGAGAAAAGAGAAAAACGUAAUGUUAAAGCCACCGCACACCUUACGACUGUUCGCGAUCCGAUUUUUGGAACAAAUCGCAUUUUGUUCAUUUUCUAAAAAUGUGAAUGGAACAUAUCAUUUUAUUUGAGGUUAAAAUUAAUUGAAAGAAUACUAAUAUAACCAUUUUGAAAGAUUGCAAGCCUUUAUUUUGGAGUAAAGGCCAAAUCGGUUUCAAAUCGUAGCCAAUCGUACGACUUCUAUGACGUCAUUACGACUAGAUAUUAAAUUUGUUUUUACUCUAAGAAGGAUGAUAGCAUGGUCACAGAUUUGAACAUAGGUAUUCGUACAAUGAUUUAGAACAUUACACAGUAAGAUAUUCCAAGUCUCAUUAUUAGCAUCAAAUUCUACUACAUUUUAUUCUGAAAUCGGGUCGCAGACCAAUCGUAAGGUGUGUGGUCGCCUUUAGGGUUAAGCUGUAAGGAAGGUGAGCCUUUUUUUGUUACUGUCAUGAUUGGAUGUAUUUGAUUGGAUGUAUUUGUUUACAUGUGAUAAUGGUCCAUUAGUGUAUCUUUUCCCUUUCAUUCAAUCACAGGAGAGGUUGAACAAAUAACUGUUAUGAACGUAAUCUUGGAAAUAAACUUAAUCACGUACAAUGUUUUUUUGAAUUCUGUCAGCAGUGUGCAUGACUUGGAAUGCUGCAAAACGAUUUAAUUAACAGUAACGCAGAGUGAAGUAGGUUUCAAGGUACACCGUGGAUCUUUCUUGGGCAAGUGUUGGUCCUGAGAUUGGGUGGUCCUUUUCAUGACCAACACUUGCCCAAGAAAGAUACAUUGUGUACCUUGAAACCUACUACACUAUUCUUCUUCGCCAUGGAAACCUUAAGAAGUUAUAGUAACACAUACUUUUCAAUUUCAUAAUCAUUUUUUCCUUUGCUCUGAUUUCAUAUAGAUCUCAUGAUUUUAUACGUUUAAAAUUUGACUUUACCCUGUGGUGAUCAAGUGUGAAUAGUUAUCCGAUGGAACCUGUGGCUUUUGAACAUCUAGAUAUUUUUAAAUUCAUAUUCGUAUCUCAAACUAUUCCAUCAGUCAGUAUUAAACUAUGUACUAGAGAUGCAUCGUAGACAUCUUAGUUCCAUAACUGGUACUACCCACCUUAAUUUUAAUCCAAUGUUUAAGUGGCAACUCUAAUAUAUUCCUUUUGAGGAUUUGUGGAUAUGUUUUUUUUAUUCAUAUUCUGUUGCGUGGUUGAAAUCCAACAUUGUGUUUCAUAAUCCUAGUGUAAAUCCUUGGUGUAUUUUUAUAAUGGAAAGUGCGCUCUGGUAUCAGGCUCGUUUAUCUGUAUGCGAAAUUCCAUUUCUGCUCUUCAUACCAAUAUUGAUGGAAACAAAGUUUGGCAUAUUUCUGCCAGACCAUGCUGAACCAAACCCGAACAGCGCGCCUGACUGGUACAUGUAGCACUUGCUCAAUGUGUUUACUGUUUAGUGACCUGUUACUCUUUCUCUUCAAAAUUAUUGACUGUCACAGUGGAAUUCAUGUUCAUUCAAUAUGUCAUUUAUAUUUCUUAAAAAGACACGUUUGUCCUUUUUUUUAGCGAAUAUUUUUGUCAAUGUUUUCACAAGUGCCUAAAAUUCCCAAAAUAGUGAAAAAUAGAUAAAAAGUUUUUUUUUCUAAUGUGAAAUAAAUUCUUAAAGUUUUAAUCAUGUCACAGAAUUUUAUCACCUCUGAUAGUCUCACCCGAUUACUUAAGAUAUCUAACCAGAGGUGAAAAAGGGAACAUUUAUUAUAUAUUAACAUCAAAUCCUACACUUUUAUAUAGAAUACAUCUUAAAAUCAUGCAGUUCAAUUAAAAAGGACAGAUCAUGCCUGCUAUAUAAAAAUAUAUAUAUAUGUAAUACCAUAAUUGUAUGAAAAAUUAAAUCAUAUAAUUACAGCCCUUUGAAACAGCCACAAUACAAACUUGAAGAUAGAAGCCAGUAGUGGUAACAUUUUAAAAUGAGUUUGUACAGAAUCCAAUGGAAUGAUCACCCAGGUAUCUGUAUUUAUGAACUAUAAAUGAAACUUCUGUGCCAAAGAGAAGUUGAAAGUCUGAAAUCGCCGAGAUAUUUGCAGAAUAUUAAAGCUUGGUAUUCCUGCCAAGUGGCAGGACAAUUCCAAGCAAUGAUGAUACAUUACAUGUCCCACAUGUGCUUGUCUGUGUUGGUGAUUUUCAGUGUGAUAUAUAUUUUUUUCAGCUUAGAUUUCAUCAUUUCCCAAAGUUCAGUCAACGUAACUUUACCAGAUCUAGAUAGUGACAAUUUAGUUUUACAGAAUUUCUCAUGAAGAAAUCAGUGUAUACUGCGACUACUUUCAGUUUUCAUUAAUUUUGAAACAAGUUAAAAUGUGUUUCUGUCCACCAAAUCUCUCUUGCAAUGGUACAUGAAUUACAGUGACAAUAUCUGUUUUAUUCACUACUGAAGUUUGUUGUAUAAAAUGUCAUGUGAGUAUGCAAUAAGGUGCACCAAGAUAUCUUGUGUACUUGUAAGGUGUAUAAAUUUAAUGUAUAUAUUCUUUUACAAUAAAAUGUCUAAGAAAUUCAA